AUGCCUCAAGCUCUCUUCAACGAGCCCUCUAAGUCCGUGGUGGACUUCAUCAACUCGCACUUACCUGUGGCCAAUCAAACAUGUGACACUGCUGAGGCGGUGCCUGGCACCAAAGAGCCUGGAUACUCGGCAAUCUACCGUAACUCCUACUCUCCAGAUAAGUUGAUUCACACAUUCCACCCGGCAGUCGCCACCUACAAGGACGUGAUCAACAUUGCUUGCGACGCAUACAAGGACAAGAACUUUAUCGGAGUGCGCUCCAAAAACUCUGACGGCACCUUUGGUCCUUACGAGUUCGGUACCUUUGGACAGGCCAGAUCCGAUGCUGAUAACUUGGGACUGGGACUUUUCUUCAUCUUGAGGAACAAUCCAUUUAAGACAGAUCUGCCAGCGCAUCGCAAGAUCGACACUCAUCACGACUUUAUCGACGACAUGUCGUUCAUUGUCACAUUGUUCUCGUUCAACACCGCUCAAUGGAUCAUCUCCGACUUGGCUUGUCUGUUGUACAACAUCACCAACACGUCCUUGUACGAUACUUUGGGCUCUGACACCUCCGAGUACAUCUUGGCCUUGACCGAGUCACCAGUGGUGAUCUGUACCAAAGACAAGCUUCAACGUUUGAUCGACCUCAAGAAGGCUCAUCCAGAACUGUUGUCUAACUUGAUCUCAUUGGUGCUGAUGGAUCCAUUGGGACCCGAGGACGUUGCAACCGUCGACGCUGCCAGAGCUGUCAAAAUGACCCUCUACGACUUUGACCAGGUGAUCAAGUUGGGUUCAUUGACCAAGACUCCUCAGGUGGACCCUAACCCAGAUUCUGUUUACACCAUUUCAUUCACGUCGGGAACCACUGCUAACCCCAAAGGUGUGGUGUUGACCCAUAGAAAUAUCGUGGCAUCCGUGACAUUCUGCUUGUCUACCAUGCUGGCUGUGGUUCCUGAUGGAAUUACCUACUGCUUCUUGCCUUUGGCUCACAUUUUCCAGCGUAUGGCUGUUGCUCUCGGCUUAAUGUCUGGAUCUGCCAUGGGAAUGCCUCAGUCUCCGUCCCCAUUGACUCUUCUUGACGACGUGCAACAAUUGAAGCCCCAUGUCAUUGCGUUAGUUCCUCGUGUUCUUAAUAAGUUUGAGGCUGCCAUAAAAGCACAGACAAUUAACAACGACGAGAAGCCUCUUUUGAAGAAACUUUUCACCAAUGCCUUUAAUAAGAAGAUGGAACUUCAGUCUGUCGCGGACGGUGCUGAGGGACGUCACAUCUUCCACGACCGUUUGAUUGCACUUCUCCGUAAGAAGUUGGGCUUUUCGAACUUGCGAAGCUUCGGAACAGGUUCUGCUCCUGUUUCUCCUGAUACUGUCAAGUUUUUAAAGGCUGCUUUGAACAUCGGUCUCAACCAGGGUUAUGGAUCCACAGAGUCUUUCGCAGGUAUCUGUACAACUCUUAUUUACGAGGCGGAGCCUGGCUCGUGUGGUCCAAUUUGUGUCACCACUGAAAUGAGAUUGAAGGACUUGCCUGAAAUGAACUACACUUGUAAUGAUGACGUGGGACCUCGUGGUGAGUUGCUUUUGCGUGGACCCCAGAUGUUCAGAGAGUACUACCAGAACGAGGAGGAGACUUCUAAGGCCGUGGAUGCUGACGGAUGGUUUCAUACUGGAGAUGUUGCCCGUAUCGAUCCUAAGAAUGGCCGUAUUUACAUCAUCGACCGUGUAAAGAACUUCUUCAAGUUGGCUCAAGGUGAAUACAUUACCCCAGAGAAGGUCGAGAAUGCAUAUCUCUCCGCCUUCCCACUCUUGGCCCAAAUUUAUGUACACGGCAACUCUCUCAAGACUCACUUGGUUGGUAUUGUGGGUGUAGAGCCUGAGGCUAUCAAGCCAUGGUUGCUGAGCAACACACUGGCUACUCAGGCUCAAUUGGCUAGUCCUGAGGCUAUUGUUGAAUUGAUCAAUAAGCCGGAUGUUAAGGUAAAGUUUUUGAAGCAAAUGAACGCCACUGUGGGCUCCACUUUGCACGGACUCGAACGUUUGCACAACAUUGAGCUUGGUAUUGAGCCUUUGAAGGUCGAUGAUGGUGUCCUUACACCCACCAUGAAGAUCAAACGUCCAAAUGCUGCUAAGUUUUUCUCUGAGACUUUUGAUAAGUUGUACGAUGAAGGCUCGUUGAUCAAGGUCAUCGAUGACUCCAAGUUGUAA